AAAUCAAAAGUGAAAAAGUUACCUUUCUACUCGUUCACCAGCUAUAUCCUAACCUAUGCCAUUUUAAUUAUAUCCUUUGUUAUAAAACUAUUUAUUGGUAUUAUUAUUAUUAUAAUUAUUUUUAAUAUUUUUGUUUAUUGUUCAAGGAUUAGGAUAAUCAAACUUUGUGUCGAUUAUCAAUCUGGUUUAUAUCAAAUCUAAUUAUUGAACAAUAAAAAAAAAGAAUUUUUUUUCGUUAAAUUUUUUCCUUUCUCCUUUUAUUUAAUUAUUUAUCGGUAUUAUUAUUAUCAUUAAUAUUUUUGUUUAUUGUUCGAGAAUUAGAGAUAAUCAAACUUCAUUGUGUCGAUUAUCAACCUGAAUUUAUUUCAAAUCUAAUUGAACAAUAGAAAAAAAUAAUCGAAAAUAUAUUGUUUAUCCUUUUUUUUCCUCCUUCUCUCUCUCUCUCUCCUUUUCUUUUUCUAUAAUAAUCAUUAUUGCACUCCAAUCAUGGCUACUGCAAUGGAAAUUGAUGAUAAUAAAUGUGCAUCAUUACAAAAAAAUAUAAAUCCGUUUACAAAACAACCAUACUCAGAAAAAUAUCUGCAGGACUUGAAAAAACGUAAACGAUUACCAGUCUACAAUUUUCAACAAAUAUUUAUGGAUCUUUUAGAAGAAAAACAAAACAAGUGCAUAAUUGUUACAGGAUCUGGUUCUGGUAAAUCAACUCAAAUACCUCAAUGGUGUUUAGAAUAUUCCAGAAAAAUAAAUAAUACAAAAUCAAUUGUGUGUACACAACCACAAAAAGGUGCAGCAAUAGAGCUUGCAAAAAGAGUUGCAUCUGAAAUUGAUGUAAAACUUGGUACUAUCGUUGGUUAUAAUGUUCGAUCUGACAGAAUAUACGAUGAAACUACAAAAUUAAUAUUCAUGACACCAGAAGUCUUGUUACAUGAAGUAAUAUCAAAUAUAAAAAUUGAUAAAUAUCAUAUUAUAAUUAUUGAUGAAGCACAUGAACGUCAAAUUAAUAUUGAUAUGUUGAUUUCAUUAUUAUACUAUUCUUUAAAAAAUACAGAUGAUUUAAAAAUAAUUAUCAUGGGUGCAACUCUUGACGCUGCGAAAUUUCAAAAUUUUUUUGAUAAAUCACCACUUCUUUCAAUACCUGGUUUUACAUAUCCAAUUGAAAUAAUUUAUGAUAAUGAAUGUACUGUUGCUCCACAAAAUGGCAUUCAUGAGAUAUUAGAAAAAAUUGCAGUACUAGUAGUUCAAAUUCAUUUUAAAAAUACAAAUGGUGAUAUAUUAGUUUUUUUGCCGGGUAAAGAAGAUAUUUUAAAUACAGAAAAAUAUAUUAAUUUUAAAUUGAAGCAAACAUCGCCUUUAAAGAAAUUAUCUAUUAUUCAUCUUAAUGGACAAUUAUCAAAAAGUAAUCAAGAUAAGGCUUUAAAGAAGCGACAAGAAAGAAUAGUAAUUUUAGAAACGAAUAUUGCUGAAACAUCAUCAACCAUAGAUAAUAUUAUGUUCGUAAUUGAUAGCGGUUACAUAAAAGAAUCUCAUUAUAAUUGAAAAGAACAAAUUUAUGAAUUGGCAAUGAUAAAAAUAUCAAAAGCAUGUGCUAAUCAGCAAAAAGGUCGCACUGGACGAGUAUGUAAAGGCACAUGUUAUGGCAUGUAUUCUGAAAACGAUUAUAAUAAUAUGGUAGAUAAUCGAGAAAGUGAAAUGAUUUUUGAGAAUAUAGAGAGUAUACUUGUUAAUGUAGAUUUGAAUUUAUUUGGAUUUGUAGAUCCUGUGCCAUCAAGAAAACUACUUUCAACGCUUGAAAAUUUAAUACACUAUGGGUGUCUUGAAGAUGAUCAACAAAUUACUAAACUUGGUAAAAUAAUACAAGAAAUUCCAGUAAAACCAUGUUUGGCUAAAAUUUUAUUUGAAUCAUAUCAGUAUAAUUGUACUGAUUCAAUAUUUAAAAUUGUUUCAAUGCUGGAAAGUCCAUCAGUAUUUAUAAUUCCAAAUAAAGAAUUAACUGAAAAAUGUGCAAAUGCAAUUAAUCAAUUUAUAAUUGAUGAUAAUGAUUUUUUAACGUUAUUAAACAUUUUUGAAGGAUAUCAAAAUUCAAAAAAGAAAGAUCAGUGGUGUAAAGAAAAUUUUUUAAAUGAAAUAUCAUUAAAAUAUGCUUCAAAUACAUAUGACCAAUUAAUUCAAAUUGCAAAAAAAUUAAAUUUAGCAGAAAAUAUAGAAUUAAAAUUUACAAAAGACAGUAAAAUUAAUAUUAAAAAAGUAUUAGUUUCUGGUUUUUUUAUGCAAGCAGCAAAACACAUAGAUAAUUCUGAUAAAUAUAAUACAAUUUUGAGUUUGAAUGAAAAAUCUAUGAACUUAUAUAGACGCAAUAGUUCUAUUAAUAGUAAGCCAGAGUGGAUAAUUUACUAUAAAUGUAUAAAAAUAAAAAAUGCAUAUGUUUUGAGCACCGUUACAUCUAUUGAACCUAAAUGGCUUCUGGAGAUGGCACCAAAUUAUUAUAAAAAUUUAUUAUCAAAAAAAAAAUUUAAAGAAGAAGCAAACAUGAUGAUUGAAGAACUUCAAAUGUUACAAACCCAAAUACAAGAUGUCAUUUGAAUAAUAAAUCAAACUUUUACUGCUUUAUACUGAGCUUUAUCGACAAAUAGACAUGAAGAAUGGCUAAACGAGGCAUUUAAUCUCGUUGCAAAUAAAUUUAUAAAAAACAUCAAUUCAAUUAAUAAUAAUAAUAAUAAUAAUAAUAAUAAUAGCUAAAUUAAAAUCGUGAAAGACUGCGUUAUAAGCUGCUUCAAGCUAUCCAACAAACUCAGGGAUUUUCAUUAGUAUAAUAUAUUUAUUUAUUUUAAAAAAUACAUACUAAACUCAAUCAUUCAACUAUAAUGUAUAAUUUAGCCAGAACAAAGAAAUAUGAUUAAUAUUAAUUCAUGUAUUUAUUCUUGUCAGUCGUAAAAAUUAUUAGCUGGUCCAUGGUUCAUUGUCUGAAUAUUAUUAUAUAUUUUUUUAAAUAAUAUAUAAAUAAAUUAUGUUGAUAAAUAAUUAAAA